GCCACCAUCAGUACCUCCACGGCCAUCAGCAUCGCCUUCAAAGAAUCAACCCUGAGAGAUAUUAGAGCACAGAACAGCCCUUCCAUCAGAGCCGGAUUCGAACCCUCGACUCUACCAGGUCUCGAACCCCAGAACGCAAAGCACCGAAAUUGAACUAGUUGUUCCCGUCGACGCCAGUGCCACGUUGACGCGCCAGGACACGUCUCCCCGCACCGCCGCCGUUUAUUCUCUUCCCUCGACCGUUGUUCACCCUCUCCCUUCGUUUCCUUCUCUCCGUCGCCGACGAUGACCUCGCGCAUUUCCAUCGCGCGCCCCCAGCAGCCGAGCUACAGCCCAGACCCCCACGGGUUCUCCAACUCGCGCCCAGCGUCCGGCUUCCGCGCUGCCGACCCCGAUGACCCGCUCGAGAAGUUGCGUGCCGUGGCGCGCACGGUCGAGGACUACGUCGACAUCUACUCGCAGCCGCUGAAGCCCCAUCUGCCGGCCAUUGGGCGCUUCUUGAUCGUAGUCACCUUCCUCGAGGACGCGCUCCGCAUCCUGACCCAGUGGGGCGACCAACUGUGGUACCUCCAGAAACACCGCAAGUUCCCCUGGGGUAUCUCGCAUACCUUCCUCCUUCUCAAUGUCAUCGUCAUGCUUGUCGGUUCGGGCGCGGUCAUCACCAAGCGGCACACGGAGUACGCGGUUGCCGGUCUCCUAGGCGUCGUUAUAAUUCAAGGCUUCGGCUACGGCCUCAUCUUCGACCUCAACUUCUUCCUCCGCAACCUCUCCGUUAUUGGCGGACUCCUUAUGGUCUUCAGCGAGUCCAUGGUCUCACGCAAGAAGAUCUUCGCCGGCCUGCCCUCCAUCAGCGAGACGGAUAGGAAGAAAUAUUUCCUCCUCGCUGGCCGCAUCUUGCUCAUAUUCUUGUUCCUUGGCUUCAUCCUCCAGGGGUCAUGGAGCAUCGCGCGCCUCUUCGUCUCCAUCGUCGGGCUCGCCGCGUGCAUCAUGGUUGCGGUCGGCUUCAAGGCGAAGUGGUCCGCGGCCUUCCUCGUCCUCGUCCUCUCCAUCUUCAACGUCUUCGCCAACAACUGGUGGAGCGUGCCCAGCAAGCACCCGCAGCGCGAUUUCCUUAAGUACGACUUCUUCCAGACGUUAUCCAUCGUCGGUGGCCUUAUUCUCCUGGUGCACAUGGGUGCGGGUGGGUUCUCCGUGGACGAGAAGAAAAAGACGUAUUAGAGGGACCCAGCGCAGUGCGCCGUGUACAUGUAGCGUUGGGGGUGGCGGAGCAGGGGAUCGUUCAGACACACGAAGUGGAGAACCUAAUCAUUCACGAAGUGGGGAGCAUCAUCAUAGCUCACGAAAAGGUCGCGCAUGUGUCGGACUCCCAGGACAGAUUCCUCUAUGUAUUGAUGAUCCUAUCAUCGCUUUCGCUAUGCAAUCUCAGGGCUGGAACAUGAAGACGGA